UAAAAGGCUCAUUAGUGAGUGUUGGACGACAGGUGUACAGUACUUUUAUCGCCGGUUAUAAGAAUCAGAAGCUAGUAAAUUUAAAUUCUGAUGAGUGCAUAGGACGACCUUCACGGUUCCCCGCCCACAGACUUGUCAUGUGACGUAGAAUACACGGCAAGCCUUAUUUCUGGAGCCGGCCCAGGCUAGGAGUUUGAAUGGUUGCAUUGUGGAGGUGCUUUCAGCUCAAUGGGGGAGGACAUCCUACAAUCUAUUAGAUGGGGAAUGAGUGAAUCUAUUGCCGAUUGUAGCAUCGUGUCUUUACACCGCGAUUUGUCCCAACAAGUUUGUGAUUGGCGGCGUUCUUUAUGCAGGUAGUUGUUGUAAUGUAGCCGCUAUUGACAGCCCCUUGAUGUCUCAUUGUAGGAGAGUUGUCGCCACAGCAGGUUCUCUCUAAUAGACACGUCUCGAAUUGCCAGGGGGGAUAAGUCAUCCCCUGUACCUACCGCACCAGUCAUUCAAAUUCGGGAGCUGUUUAAAAAAAAAACCGGCGACAUUUCGGAUAAAAAUCAAGUGGAUCCUUUGUUGAGAGUCAAGAAGGUUCCUUUGAAACUUCCCAAAUCCUACUGUUCGUAACUUGGCGGUGAGACAGCGGGGAUGGGGCUGUAAAGUGUUCGGGAGGAGUAGUAGGGGUAUACACAGUGCACGCCUGGCCUGUCACGCUAGGCCAGCGACCACAGGUUGGGCGUCAGGCAUGCGGUGAAAUUCGCUCGCGGCACUUUUGAGGGUUUGUGUAUGCGCAUCAACCUGGACCGGGGCUCAGUGUGGAUCCCGUGUUGUCCGUGUUGUACUUCUUUUCAGAGGCCCGUUCAGUACCCGUAACGUAAAGGAUAAAGUCGGCACGCUAAAGCGACUACCGAUGCCCCGACAGUAGUCUGUGAGUGAGUGUGAGCGUAUGGGAGACAGAAAUGACAUGCGUUGACUCGCAGCAUGAUUAAUGAUAUAUUCAUCGCCAUGGCGAGCUCCUACUAGUCACACCGAGGGCAGGACCACAUUCCAGUAGUUGGCAGGACUGAUACCAACAAGCGACAGUCUAGUACCGAUCCACGCUCCUGCCCGCCGUUCAUUUUUUGUUUAAUUCGCUGAGCUCAAACUUCCAUGGAUGUGUGACGGGUGUGCAAGCGUGCUUAUCAAAUAGUGUUGACUUUGACACACUGCCUGUGAUCUGCCGACUGCGAGUUCCCCGUUCCCACCGUACCAUGCCCCACGGAUGCAGUACAUAAAGAGAUGAAAUGAACCACCAGGAACAUGUUUUCGUUUUUCGUCACGACACGGUAGCCUCGUCACUGCAUAAUUUGCCAUUCAUCAUCCCCAGAAGCACCCGGCGAUCGCUUCUCGGGUCGCGUACCGUUUACCCAACUGUUCAGGCGACCACGAGAACGUGACCUCUCGCCCAGUGUUUUAAAACAAACCCCCCUCAGCCGGUUUUUUUUCUUGAGCGUGUUAAACCGGACAGGUGGCCCCGUCAGACGCGUCAUGAGACCAGCAGGUCUUACUGUGCCUGGGACGGUGCUGUGCCGGGCCUCCUGCAUCCUUCUUCUUCUCUGUCUAAUAUGCUCCACCAUCACCUCAUCUCCCCUGGAGAGGAAGCGCUCGCCGAUAGACACGGAGCUUGCCAACGCGAAGGGGAGGAGACACCGGCAGCCCAAGAUGAGGAGAUCGGGUAAGGGCGACAGUGGGGAGGGCCACCCUGCGCCGGAACCAGGACAAGCCGAGAUAGUCCGGCUGUUGGACGCCUUCGGGCUGAAGACCGUACCGAGACCCAAUCGCACGGCAGUGGCCACCCCACCGGCAUUCAUGGUGAAUUUAUACCAUCAGUUGGAAUCUACGGUAGGCUCUGGUCAUCACACAGCCAAUGCUAGAGCAAACACUGUCAGAUCAUUCAACGAAAAAGACUCUAAGUCGUCUCGUCACAGAUACCUCUUCGACACGAGUAGCGUGCUGAACAGAGAGACAGUCCUCGCCGCCGAACUCCAGCUCUACAAACAGAAACCCAGACCCGUAGACGGAUGGACGGACGACAUGCUGCCUAGGCAGGUCACCUGUGAAUUGUACGAACUCCGCCAGAGGGUGAACCCCCUUCUAGGUGGCCCGCCCGUCGCGUCCAGGACUCUCGUGGACAGUAAGACCGUGAAUUUUACCUUACGGGGCUGGGUCCACUUCAACGUCUCCAGUGCCUUCGCGGGAAGCGUUCAUCUUGUCUCAGCGGAUAAGCUCUUCGAGAUGAGAAUUAAGAGCGAGAGGGAACUCCCCAAAGGUACCGUGGUGUUCUCCAAGCGUCCGCGCCCCAAGCACACAGACCGGCGCCCGCUGCUCGUGCUCUUCCUUGACGAUAAAAACGUUUUAGCCAGUGACAUUACGCUACCUGGGGCUGGGCCCCUCUCAUCUCAGGACUCAGGGAGGAAUAAAGAAUUAUCCGGGAAUAGGGAGAAUGAGAAAUCAGCUCCGGAGGCUAGCCCUGAGAGGGGCAUGGAGCGCUCGGACCGGCGUAAGAGGAGAGCCUCCUCCAGGACUGGUAACCGGGGAAGAGAUAAAUGUAAACUGUACGACUACUACGUCGAUUUUAAUGUCAUCGGCUGGAGUAAUUGGGUCAUUGCGCCAAACGGUUACACGGCCAAUUACUGCGAGGGAGACUGCCCGUUCCCGCUGGACCUGAACUUCAACGCCACCAAUCACGCCACGGUGCAGGCCAUCCUACACAUGCACACGGGCACAUUCCGCAACAACAACCGGCGGCUGCCCAACCCGUGCUGCGUGCCGGCCACUCUGGCGGGCAUCCACGUGUUAUACCUGGACGACCUCGACAACGUGGUGCUCAAGGAGUUCAGUGGCAUGAUCGCCACCAGUUGUGGCUGCCAAUGAUUGGACGGUAUAUACUCGCCGGCCAAGGCUCAGCUGGUAUAAUUAUUGAGGUGAGGCUAUGGAAAUUGCCGUUAACCAUGCAGUGAAACAUCUUGAACACCAGGCAUCUACCGGCCAAAAUCCAUAUACUAUGAUAUUCAUCACCGAAAUUAUGGCGACUUGGUUAUUUCGGACAGCUUGUCUGGCACCCAUGAACUCUAUGGCCUUCGAAUAUUCAUUUGGCCACGUGGAUAUUUGUUGUGGCCUUUUGGGAUGUGUUAGACCAUCCGCAGCAAAGGCAAUGACACCAUGAUAAUAUUGGCCACCAAGACGUAAUGGCCAUACGGGUAUCUGUGGCUACCUUGUGGACCCAAACCGUAAAAGGCCAUAAUGACGGAACAUAAAUAUCGACUUGUGGCCACCGCCUAUUGGCAACAUGAGACAUUAUAGAAGCUUCUUCUAUAUGAUGUCCAGGGCUAAACUGAUGUAAUAGCAGACCAGCCCUCAUCUCUCUCACCAAGACGACAGUGAUCCCGCUCGGCUUCACAUGAUGCAAGCAAUUCAACUCUGCUCUGGGAUUCUUUGGAUCAAAUUUUGGUUGGUGUUGGUUUUCGACUUUGCAGUCUUGGGUGUCGCAAACCCGUCAUUUUCCCUAUUACAAAAUUAGAAACAGUAUUUGUACUUUCUUUGUUUUAAAUAAAAAUUCCUAUAUUUGGAGUGGUGCCUGUUAGAGUUCUGUAACGAGGUUCAUAUAUACGAAUCCAUAUAUGACGACAAAAAGGUAUGUAACAGUCAAAGCAAUUAGAAGCGGGUGUACUGUAUCACGUAAUCACUGUCGUUAUGUGGAUACAUGACUUAAACAAGACAGUGAUAGAGGAAGACAGAAGCUCAUUAUACAUGUAAUUUUAUUUUAAUUAAAGAAGGUCUUGAAUGGUCCCCAAAAUGUACUUCUGACAACAAGACUAACAUCUGAAGACACGCCAUGUUUAAUCACUGACGAAAUUGUUUAUAUCCCAAUUGUUCUUAUCCAAAAUGGUUGACGAUGAGUUUUAGGGAACGAAAAAUCGAAAUGUGUACGGUUUUCUUAACAAAGGCCAAUAUUUUGAGGAAGUGGUUGAAGUUGUAUUUUACUUAGUGCGCCAAGACGCCCUACUUUCAACAAUGCGGGCGUCUCCUCAUCGCCACCUACCAGCUUUCAGCGAUUGGACAGGUGAGUGCAAACGUCAACGCCCGAAGCGACCUAGCCUUCUUCGCCUAAACAUCAGCCGACCCAAAAUGGGUUUGCGAUCAACCCCCGGCACGUCAGGGAGAUCGUGGAAGAGCACUUAAGGGGCACAUUUCUUCCCCGUUAAAGGCCAAAAGGGGGUUGACGGGGGGCUGGGGGUUUUGGGGAGAUCGACAUUCUGGUUUUAUUGUUACUUUGAAUUGGAGUAACCUCGCCACGAGCUAUGUGAUCUGAUUUAGUGCAGGGUAUAGGAUGUUGAUGUUGCCAUGCCAAGGCAUGUUGCGUUCUUUUGAAAAACAUAAUAACGAGGAAGUCCUUACCUUACGCCUUGCAUGCCUCGGCAAUGGUGGCAUGUGAAUUCUGUUCGGUUGUAAAUCUUGCUGUUGUAAGCGCAUAUGAAUACAGUGUGUAGACAAUUCCCAAUCGUGUAUGGCGUAUGGCUAUUUCCAAUAACCCACCUUCGUAAGCAACAACCAAAUGAAUGCAAUGACAUUUUGUACUAAAAACUCACGGUGACCAUUUUUUUCCAAAGCAAAAAGCAAAAUUUCUAAUUUUCAUGUUACCAAAAUCCACCCUUUUAAACAUUUAUUGAAAACCUUUUGCUCAGUAAACAAUCGCCUCGCAAGGCAACCCAGUUGCGUGUCUUUUUUAAUAUUUCCCCCGACAGAUAAGAAUUCGAUGUCUGGAAUAUCCUGUGGGGUUUCUAUACAUUUUGCAGAGAAGUUAUGAAGUUUAGGCCCUAUAAAGACAAUUGUAUCAGUCACCGUUGUUUUACUGUUAACAUUACGUAUAGUGUUUUCAAAUUGGCGUUUUCUUCAUUAUUUGUCCCGUGGUGUUUUGUAUUGAUGAUUCUGUUUGGGCGGGGAUAAUGUUCUGUUGUUAUAUUUUUUCGGUGCUAACCCCAAAGCAAGGAAAACCUCGAGAUAUUCUUCGGUUGUAGAAAUAAUGACCUAUUAAGUGGAUUUGUGACGGAGAUGGAAGUUCGAGGCACAUUUUAUGCAUCUUUACGUUU